UUUACAUAAUAUCUCUAUGUUACUCUUGUAGUCUUGUUUACUUGAGGCUCUACUUUUGAGUACUCGCCAGCGUUUAUUUCAUUUAAAGUUGUCCAAACAGUAUUUUUUAAUUUUAUUUCUCAUUUAAAUUCAAGUUUUUUAAACCAUGACAUCUGAAUCAAACAUAAAGAGACAGCAGUUUGUAAGAAAUUAUAUUGAACGAAGAAAAAAAUUGGCACUUGAUUUAGUAUUUACAUUUAAAUCAAUACUCGAAAAUAUGAAAGUAUUUAGACUAAUGCGGUUUGGAACCAAAAAAAAAAAUGAAGCUCGGUCUGAGAUCACUAGUCUGUGUAAUGAGCAACAUAAAUCUGAUAUCAAAAUAGAUUUACAGCUGAAACAUAUACAUAAUGAACUCAAGCCAAAAGCCAGAAAAAAAAGAAGUCAUGACAAGCGAGCAUUUUGUGCAUGCUGUCUGGGAUUAGGACAACGAAGAUACAAAUGUGGUCAAUGCAAUUUGCUUACUCGCAAGAAAUUUCAUAAACUUGGUAAAAAUACUUGUCCUAAUAAUUCUCUAGUUAGUGAUGAUACCGAUGAAGAUUCUUUGACAUCUCAAAGUACACUAAGCUCUGAUGUUGAUUUGCCAGAAUUAAAUGAUUGUUCUGAUCAGAGUUGUGUUAUUAAUCAACCAACUGAUUCUGUAUCUAUUGAACGUCCACAAGCUAAAAAAGAUGAUAACGAAAUUGAAGUUGUACGUCAAUAUUCUAUUGCCGACUUUGAACUAAUUAGGACUAUUGGACGUGGUAGUUAUGCCAAAGUCCUUAUGGUUGAACUUAAAGAAAACCAACGCAUCUAUGCUAUGAAAGUUAUAAAAAAAGAAAUGCUUACAAACGAUGAAGAUAUUGAUUGGGUACAAACAGAAAAAAAUGUUUUUAAAACUGUCUCUAACUAUCCAUUUUUGGUUACUCUCCAUUCUUGCUUCCAAACAGCCAGCCAAUUAUUUUUUGUAAUGGAAUUUGUUCGUGGAGGUGACUUAAUGUAUCUAAUGCAAAGGCUAAAACGACUGUCUGAAGAACAUGCUAGGUUUUAUGUAGCAGAAAUUAGUUUAGCUUUGAACUUUUUGCAUAAUAAAGGUAUAAUAUAUCGAGAUUUAAAAUUGGAAAAUGUACUGCUUGAUCAUGAAGGCCAUAUAAAAUUGACUGAUUAUGGAAUGUGUAAAUAUGGAAUAAAGCCUGGAGAAACAACUUCUACAUUUUGUGGUACUCCAAAUUACAUGGCUCCAGAAAUUAUUAAUGCAGAAGAUUAUGGAUAUAGUGUGGAUUGGUGGGCUUUAGGAAUUAUUUUAUAUGAAAUGUUGGUUAGCAAAAGUCCAUUUGCUGAAGCAUCAGUAAUUGCUGAGCAACAUUUAUUCGAAGCCAUUUUGAAAAAAUCUCUUCGUGUUCCAAGAUCACUUUCGGUUGAAGCAGCUUUGGUUUUGAACGGAUUUUUAAAUAAAAAUCCUGUUGAUCGUUUGGGUUGCAAAAAAUACACUGGCUUCUAUGAAAUUAAGACCCAUCCAUUCUUCAAAUCUAUUGAUUGGGAAAUGUUAGAACAAAAGCAAGUUAGUCCUUUUUAUAAACCGGAAUUAGAUUCUGAUCGUGAUCUUGCCAAUUUCCCAUCAGAAUUUACAGAUGAACCUACACAUUUAACACCUGGUGAAUUACAAAUCAUUGAUCAGUUCAAAUUCGAGGGUUUUGAAUAUGUGAACCCGUUUUUUAUUUCAUAAAUGGGUAAUACAAGGAUUUCCGUAACAUGGAGCAUUUCCAUGUUUGACUAUCAUUACUAGCCAUUGUUUUAGGGGAUGGCCUGCUCAACUUCCUCCCCUACCAUAACAAAAUGUUAUUUUAAAGUAAUACGAUACUGCCGACG